UUUUUGGCAAAAGGCGAAGGUUCAGCUAAAGUGCGCCGUGCCACUUCACCUCCAAAAGGUGCUGGUUAGAACUGGCUACCUGAAUUCGGCUCUGAAGGACUUAACGGAUGCACAAAUCGACAAGAUUGAGAUGGACAUAAAACGGCUUCCAGAGCUAGUGAAUCUGCCACCGGGACACCCCAACGUCAAAUCUAUCUGCGGAAAGUACGUAGAGCACAGCAAAGACUUUGCGAUCAUGUCCGGUGAAAGAGCGCUGCUCUUGAACUUGGCUAAAGCCGUGCAAGAUAAAGGUUGGCCCUACUUCACCAAGAGCCGUGCACGAGCAGGAUCACAACGUGGUGACGAUAGGGACGAGACAGCUUUGAGAACGAAACUGAUUGAUCACUUCACUCAGAGAUCCGACAUGAGUGAGGAUUUUUUGCUAAGUCUGCAACACACACCAAUCAACUUUGACCUCAACAACAAGCGUGUUCUGAUCACAUGUCCAUUGUGUGGUCAACAAAGUGCAUGUAAUACUGAGAGGAGUGGCUCUUGGAAGAUCACCAAUCUUGUAUCGCACGUCAAAAGGCACAUGAAGAGAAACAGCGAACUUGAGAACGGACCAGAAAACAAGCGCAGCAGAACAACUCUGCAUAUCGAAACACUGAAUUCGUCAAGCACCAGCCGGCCGAACGAAUCCUCUUCAGGUCAGUCUGCCCAACUGAACGAGUCUUCAUCGGGAACACCUGAGCGGCUUCACGUUGCAGACACCGUCACACAGAAUAUAAGCCAGCAAGAUGCCACCGAUCAGUCAACGUUGAUUGAUUCCCUGGAGUACGCCGAUUGUGUCGAAAUGACAGAUCACGACACGACACCAAGUGAUACGGAUAAUUUAAACUGAGCAAGUGUCAACAAACGGCCAAUGUUGAUACUUCAAGCCAAGGCCACCACUCAUCUUCUCGACUCAUUACACUCCUACAAAAUGUGCAAGCAAAAUCAGAAAAAGCCAAAAAUCUACAUGGAAUGCGAUACUCGAAAAAGGAACACGAUAUAUUCAUGUACCAGUACAUACAAGGCGGCGCCGAGUUGUAUGAGGACUUUCAGAGAGCGAACACUGUAUGCCCCAGCAAGCGAACGAUUCAGAGAUCACUGCAGAAGAAAGCUCAAAGCUUCGAAGAAGGAAAAUUGCUGAUCCACGAGUUGGUUGAGUUUUUGAUAGGAAUAACCUUCCGAAAGUAGUUGUACUCAGCGAAGACGCAACAAAAUAAAUGGCCAAGUCGAAUAUGACCAUAGCAGGAGACGCAUCUGUGGACUUGUGGCACCAAUAAUGGAAAACGGCAUGCCACAGUGUAAUAUCUUUAAAGCUACCAGCCCGCUGAAGAUUAUCCAGGAUAUCAACAAUUACCCAGUUGGUCGGAACAUCUACGUGUGCAUGGCACAACCACUCGAAGAAGGAGCACCGUCUUUCUGCAUUCAGUACUUUUGCAGCGACAACAGGUUUAGCACGCAGGAUGUCAGCAACCGAUGGGACUACUUUGAUAGGGAAUUCAGUGCAGAAGGAGUACGUGUAGUUGGGAAAUCAACCGAUGGCGAUCCACGAGCGAUAGGAGCAAUGCUCGAUGGUAUGGAAAUGCCACACCUUGUUCAAAGUAUUUACGGAGAACACUUCUGUGCAAAAGCACACAUAAAAUCUGUGCUCCUCCAGGACCCGACCCAUACAACAAAUAAACUACGAGUAAAAGUACUGAAGAAAGAUGCGGAGCUUAUCUUGGGGAACUACAAAGUAUCCAGAGUACAUCUCGAACAGCUUAUUGAUAGAAUUGAUAAGACUGUACACGGGCUUUCAGCGACUGACAUUAACGAAAGUGAUAAAAUGAAGUUCCAGCCGGCGGAGAAGAUGGCCCAACAACGCGUAAUCGAUGCCCUCCAUGAUGAGAUUCCGGAUAGUGAUGCGACUGUCUUAUAUCUUACGAUGAUGAAAGACAUAAUGGAGGUUUUCAUCAAGAAUUCCUCUAGAGAUGUCGUCUCCCCCACCGAAGCUGUGGUCAAAAUCUGGCACGUGGUGUUCGUGUUGCGCGCCUGGAGGAACUACUGCGUAAGAAAGUUCAACGGUCUUAAGCACACGGUAACAACCAAUACGUAUUGGUGUGUUGAACUAAAUGCCCAUAGUUUGGUCAAUUAUAUUGCAUUGUGUCGCGAGGAAGACCUACAAUACUUGCCUGAUCUUCUGCAGAGUCAAACGUGCGAGGGUUUUUUUCGUACAGCGCGAUCGUUCACGAGUACUGAAUCAACCGUUGUAAAUUUUACAAUGAAAGGAUUUGAGACAAAGCUGAACAGGAUUCAGGCCAAAACGGACGUCAGCCAUGAUAAGACACACGGAUUUAGCUUCCGUCGUGUGGACAAGAAGAUUGAUCAACCAAAACGCAAUUGUACUCUACCAACUACCUCAGAAAUACGGGAAUUGAUAGAAAGUGCUCGAGACCAAGCCUACUCAGAACUAAUUCGUCUUGGACUUGAUGACGCGGAAAUCGACUUUAAAGAAAGCAUACUUCUACGACCACGUGCAUCGAGGAACAAGAACAGCGAGACUGGACACUACGAAUUCGUCGACGCGGGUUCUUUUGAACCAGAUGAUGAAGAAUCAGAUGGAGAAAACGAAGAAGAAUCGCUACAUCCGGACAUCAGGAAACACACGGAUCAACGAAGGCUGCGAAUUUUGAAUUUGUUGAUGCUACGACCAUGGACUUCGAUGGAGAGGAAAAUCUGGAUCCAGCUGGACGUGCAGAUGAUGACCGCUUAGAAGAUGUGUUUGAUCCAGAUAGAGUCUACGACAUCGAAGACAUUUUUUCAAACCAAACCAAAAAGUUCAAUCUCGCCAACUCACGUCACCCAAAUCCCAAGCAUUCGUUCAAAAUUAAAAAUUCCAGCGGAAAAAUUGUCCACAUAAAUAUCAAAACAUUUUUGUGGAUGAUUCAAAACGGCCCGAUUCGCUGUAACGUCGACAGGAACAAACGCUUUCACGAAACAUCAAUACAGAACACCUCAACACGCUGUACCGUUAAUGAAGUUCAGGAAUCCAUACACCGUGGCGACUGGGUGGCACUUAAAAGUAAUACGGUUUUGAUAAUAGCACACGUUCACGGCUUUCGGUAUUUGUCUGGAAAGAGAACUGUUUUUACUUUAGAUGAGUGCCCUAUAAAUCCUCC